AUGCAUUUAUGGAAAAAGAAAAAUUGGAUGGUAAUAGAAUACUGUAAUGCUGCAAUGGAUUCCUCAGCGGAAAACAGUAUGUACGUAAACAAAUUGUGGGUUCAGUGUGAGUAUGAAAGCUGUUUGAAGUGGAGAUUGUUGUCAAGUGAGGAUGCAGCCAGAGUUGAUCACAAUAAACCAUGGUACUGCUUCAUGAACACUGAUUCAAGAUACAAUAAGUGCUCUGUUGCUGAAGAAGACUUUCCUGAAGAGUCUCAGCUUCAUCAAAGUGGAUUUAAGAUUGUCUAUUCACAACUCCCUCUUGGAAGUCUGGUUUUGGUAAAAUUACAGAGUUGGCCAAGCUGGCCAGGGAUACUUUGCCCAGAUCCUUUUAAAGGGAAAUAUGUGACCUAUGACCUGGAUGGAAAUGUUGAACAGUAUCACAUAGAAUUCCUGGGUGAUCCCCAUUCAAGAUCAUGGAUAAAUGCAACAUUUGUUGGACAUUAUAGUAUCACAUUAAAGCUAGGAACAUGUACGAAGAAAAAGAAAUGGUAUAAAAGUGCACUACAAGAAGCAUACCUUCUCUAUGGACAUUCUCACGAGCGAAGACUGGAAGUGUGCCGCCUAUCCAAACAGGAUAAAUCCAAAGCAGAUGGCAAAGUUGCUGUGGUAGCCAAGAAAAGGAUGCAAGUUUCCAGAAACACUACUGGCAAAAAGAAACCAAAAUUUAGAAGAAGGAUAAGGAAACCUAUUUUAAAAUGCUCUUUCGAAAAUGUUUGUUCAGAUGACGCCAUGUCAAAGGAAAAUGUGGUUGUCUCUGAGACAGAAGUUUUACUAAAAGAGCUGGAGCAAAUGCUACAGCAGGCACUAGAGCCCACAGGAGCGCCUGAUGAGUCUGAAGAGGAGCGUGGAGAAGAAGUGAAUACAGGAGAAAAGUUAUCUGAAUGCAGCCCUGAAGUUCCUGCAGGCGGUCCAUUUGAAAACCACUAUGAAGAAGACUAUCUUGUAAUUGAUGGGAUAAAAUUAAAAGCUGGAGAAUGUAUUGAAAACAUAACUAACAAGUUUAAAGAAAUAGAUGCUCUAAUGUCUGAAUUUUAA